UUAUUAUUUUGUAUUGUUUUCUGGUAGUUAGUAGUAGAGAUGCUUAACCACUAAGCCAUCUCAGCUUAUAUUUUUUCACUAGUUAAUAUUAGUUUUCAAGAAUUGUUAUUAUUUAGUAUAUUAUAAAUAUGGACAAUGUGCUUUUAAAAUGAAGAAAAUGUACAUAAUCAGCUUAGGUUUUCAUAAUCAUUCCCAACUUUUGUGGGCACCCAAGCUGACACAGAUCUCUUCUUAAAGUUCCAGUGAUCCUAAUAUUUAGUUGUGUGUUAUUAUAGACUUUAUUUGAUCAACGACUGGCAGAGUGACUCAUACACUUGUCGAUUUGAGAGGAUGUCGUUUCCUGUGCAUUGUAGGCUGAAGGUCCUGAGAUACCCAUCUGCCGUGUGGUCAUGACAGAUGUCAUCGCUGGCGAGUACAGGCUUCGCUUAAUAUCUCAGAACUCCAUUUGGCAGAACUGCACAAAGGACAAAUCCGAUGCUUGGGUUUUGGAGAAGAUAUUUUUAGGUCUGUGAAGACGCCGGGAGAUGCGCAGGGAUGCAGGACUUUUUUGUCGUGGGGUUCAUAGACGGGAUGAGCAAUUAGAAACCCGCUGAAUGCUGCGCUUGCAAUGUUGCCCCUUUUAACACAGACUGUAUAAGAGAGAGAGAGGGAAUUGGAGUGUCUCUCUCCCAUCUAAUAGUGUGUGUGUGUUUCAUCUUGUGAAGGGAGUUGGAGAGAGCGUGUGAACACCAGUCUUAGUGCCAGCUGGUAAGUCCUCUAAUAGCCUCUGUUAUAAUUGUCCUCUUGGCACAGGGCCGCACACCAAAAUCAAUGAGAGUGAAUGAAUGUCUGUAACACUGCCUCCGUUUCGCUCAUUGUUACACUAAGCAUCAAGGUUGUUUGAUUUGUCCGUCAUGCAAACAGUCCUGCCCAUCUUCUCGAUUGCAACAAUUUUGAUCCUCCACCAACUCUAGUUUUCCCAGAAAAUUGCUUUUCAAAAAACCCUCUUGAGUUUUUUUUUUCUCCUCGUUGUCCCGUUUGGCCAAAAUACUUUUUUGAACCUAAACAAGAGCUUCUUGCAGUGCGGAGUUGCAGAAUGCGAACUGAAUAAAGCGUGUCUGUUUACUACCACCUGAGACAUCAUGAAUCACGCCGCGAUUUACAUUUGUUCCCUCAAACCCUAUUAUAUACCGACUUGUGUUCCCCUUCGUGGUGGUAUUGGAUUAAGUUAACCGCUGAGCAUCUCACAAAAUAAAGCUUAAAUACAUAAAAUAGAAAAAAAAGUGCAAAACCUCUCUUGUUUGAUUUCUCUAGACAGGCUGAAAGUUUCCUGGGACUCUCUUUCUGGUGAACUGGAUCAAUGAUGGAAUUGCAAACAUUACAGGAGGCCCUGAAAGUGGAAAUACAAGUCCAUCAGAAACUUGUUGCCCAAAUGAAGCAGGAUCCACAGAACGCAGAUCUGAAGAAACAACUUCACGAGCUCCAAGCGAAAAUCACAGCUCUGAGUGAGAAACAGAAAAAAGUGGUUGAGCAGUUGAGGAAGGAGUUGCUGGUGAAACAGGAGCCUGACUUGAAACUGCAGAUGCUCCCAGCAACCGCAGACGGUAAAACCGUGCUGCUGACGUCCACCUGUCCCCCUUCACAGCUGCCCACAGGGCCUCCACACAACCAGGGGGCGCCACAGACUCUCACCGUGACGCCGGUUAUAACUGCAAAGACUCUACCUCUCGUGCUGAAAGCUGCCACCUCCACCAUGCCUGCUUCCAUGGCAACACAACGCCCUACAGUCGCCAUGGUCACUGCCAUCAGCAACCCCCCGAGACCCGGCGCCAAUUCUGACUCCCAGAGCACACCAAUCAACCUUCAGGUGGCCAGCAAGCUACCCAAUCAGGAUACAGAUGCGGGCACACGGAUUGUGUCCAAGAAUGUUAUUGUCGUGCAGGCCACCACCACCUCUGCCCAGCCCAUCAAAGUUCCCCAGUUUGUCCCUCCUCCUAGAUUGACGCCUCGACCCACCUUUCAGCCACAGGUUCGACCAAAACCCCCCACGCCCAUCAAUGUGCCCAUCGCUCCAGCUCCUCCUCCCAUGGUGGCGGCUCCUCUAAUCCAGCGGCCCCUGAUGCUCACCACCAAGCUGACGUCAUCUCUGCCUACCUCUGCCGGGCCCAUUCAUCAGGUGCACAUUGUGAACGGACAACAGUGCGCCACCAUUGACAAGACCACGACUGCAGUCACGAGUGGCACCACGCAAGUCACAGGCAUUGUCAUCAGUCCUGCCCAGACACUUCAAAUCAGCAACCUUAACUCAGACUUGAAGACUGUGAAACCACAGGGAGGACCAGAACAGGUGGUCACAAGUACACCACCCUCAUCCUCUCCUCCUCUUCCUCCUCCUCCAGCUCAAAAAUCAAAACGUGAGGAGAGCCCACAGAAGCUUGCCUUUAUGGUGUCUCUUGGGUUGGUGACAUAUGACCAUCUUGAAGAGAUUCAGAGCAGAAGACAAGAACGUAAGAGGAGAACGACAGCCAACCCAGUGUACAGUGGAGCAGUGUUUGAACCUGAGAGGAAAAAGAAUGCUGUCACUUACUUGAACACUCCACUGCAUCAAGGCACCAGGAAGAGAGCCAAUGAGGAUCCCCUCUCUAAGGUAUGUUGCAACCAGAAAAUGCCAUUAUUUUAUUUCAUCUUUGUGUUUUUUUUUUCUUUCUUUUUCCCUUUUCCUCCUCCUCCAUUUUUUUCUAUUCCUUUUGGUUUUGUUCUUUUUUUGUUUGUUUUUCUUUUCUUGUCUGUCUCAUUUCACUCAGGUCGCCCUCCCAAAUACAGCACCACCACAACCACCACCAGCAGCACAGCGGUGCCGGAGCUGGGCUGCAACCCCCUGCUCUCCCCCACCAGCAGCCUUCCCGCCUCCCCAGCCCCUGAGCGGCCUGACACGGGGGGCUUUCCCCUCUCUGUCCACCCUCAUUCUGUCCCCCAGCCCAGCCCCAGCUCCGGGGAUGGAGACAUCCAUGAGGAUUUCUGCACUGUGUGCAGACGCAGUGGACAGUUGCUCAUGUGUGAUACAUGUUCGCGUGUCUACCACCUCGACUGCUUGGACCCACCCCUCAAAAACAUUCCCAAAGGCAUGUGGAUCUGUCCUAAAUGUCAAGACCAGAUUCUGAAGAAGGAAGAGGCCAUUCCAUGGCCAGGAACCCUAGCAAUCGUCCAUUCCUACAUUGCUUACAAAGAAGCAAAAGAAGAAGAGAAGCAGAAAUUAAUGAAAUGGAGUGCCGAACUAAAGAUGGAACGAGAGCAACUAGAACAGAGAGUGAAACAGCUCAGCAACUCUAUAACAAAAUGCAUGGAGACAAAGAACAGCAUACUUGCCCGUCAGAAGGAGAUGCAGGCCUCUCUGGACAAGGUAAAACACCUGGUCCGCCUCAUCCAGAGCUUUAACUUGACUCAGCCCAUGGAGACGGACAUCCUACAGGAUUCUAAACAGGACUGCACAGAGUUAGGGAGCAUGAAAGACUCAAAGGAUGCUACACAAGUGUGUGUGCAGGAGAGUCCCACUGAGCCUAGCGUGCAAGUACCAGUCACCGUAGCAGUUCCCGAAGUGAAGGCAGAGCCAAAGGUGGGUGAAAUGGCAGAGCCAGCGGCCGCAGUCACACCUGAAGCUGCAUCAGGUGAAUCAGGAGUUAGUGUCCCGGAAGUUCUCAAAACCACAGUUAGCGAGGAGAUGAUAGAUACAGCAAAAAUGGCGGAGCCUGUGGAAUCGCCUCAGGCCAGGGAUGUAAAGACUAAUGGAGGAACGGACUGUGUUUGUACCGACUUGAACCCAGAAGAAGAGAAGGGUGCUGUCGAUAAUGCAGACUCUGAGAACAUCCCUCCCAAUGACAGCAGUUGUGUAGAGGAUGCUGGGAAGAUGGAAGUAGAGCUGCAGGAAGAUGGAAGUCAUGGCUUGAACACCAACAACGGCAAAACCUCAGAGCCUUCUCAGCAGGCUUUGCCAGCCCCUCUAAGCAGCGUGGAUAACCCCAAAUAGUUCUCAGUCUCACACUAAACACACUUACAUCACCAAAACAUUUAAACAGAUUUCCUAUUGCACCUUGGACUGGUGCACAGAGUUGCCAAUCUAUACGUAUAUAUAUAUAUAUAUUAUACAUAUAUAUAUAUUAUCUAUAUCCAAAUAAAUGUUGUCGGUUUUUUUUUUUUCUUUUCUUUUCCCUUUACUUUUUUUUUAAUGGUAAAACUGUCAACAGUACUUCUUCAUCCAAGGCAAACUAGUCUUGUUUCUUGUAGACUAAUAGAGCCCAAACUUGUGGGUGAAAAGGGUGAUUUACGAAAGAGUGUCAUGCCAAUUAUUAGAUUAUUAAAAAACAAAAAUAGUAGUUUAAUAAUAUUAAUAAUUAAUAUUAUAAUAAUGAUGAUGGUGAUAAAGAUGAUGGAUGAUUGAUCAGAUCAGACCAGUGUGUGCCUCCAACAUGGGGUUUGUUUCAUAGGUUGUCUUAGUUGUCUUCUCCUCGAGAGGAGAAGGCAGGGCAGAUGUGUCCAAAGACUGCAUGACUAAGCCCACACCCUGUGCACCUCCAGCCAGAGUGGACCGGCAAUACCAAAAGCUUUUCUUUCCAAACAUGACAAAAAAAAAUCAACGCAUCAGUAUUCGCCAGUUACUAGGCAGAGGUUUAGAAUCCUGUUGGCGUGGGUUAGACUAAAUCAGGACUGCCUAUAGCAACCUCUCUAAUUUCUCUCCUCCACCCUACAUCUUGUCUGCAUUUCCCAGUUACCUAUAAGAAGUGUCCCGUCUCCAUGUCAUCUCAGGCUAAUCAAUGGUAGAGCGCAUGGCAAAGCCUAUCAAGAUCUUUUGACAAAGGGCUGGAAGAGGAAGCUACACCAGAAGUCACAUUUCGGUAACAGCAACAAAUCAUGCGCGAUAGAUUAGUCUGAAAAACGGUGUUGGUUCUGUGUAUUGAAUGAGUCUCGUUCUAAAGUCGGUGUGUGUGUACUCAAUGCUGUUUGUGGAUUUUUUCCCCCCGCUUUUUUAAGAAAAAAUAUAUUCAGGUCUUCCUAGUCUUCAUUGAAAAAUAAGUGCUUUUCUGUUUCAUGAAACAGUCGUUUUUUAUCACUGGUGUUUAAAAUUGGCAUGAAUUAUGCAAGCAGCUUUCUCAAUCUCGAGAGAUGCACAUUGCAUAAUGAGUGUCUGUUUUUAUUUGAAUUCUGAACUGCCAAAUGCUUUUUUUUUUUGAAAAUAAUGGAAAUAUCCUCUUACAGUGUGUUUAGUCUAGAAUAUAAUGGACUAGUCCCCCAUUUUUUUUCCAAAAUCUUUUUUUUUCCUUGAAAAACAAUAAUGACUGAAUUUGCUGUCUUAAACUUGAGGGUUUGAUGUAUGAGCCAAAUUGAGUAAUAAGGAAACUACAGAAAACCCUUAAUUAAAGCACAAGCUUUAUUGCAGAUAACUUCAGCAAACGCACUAAAAACCUCUUAAGAGACUUUCUGAGCAAAAUUUUCAAAAGCGCUUAAAUCUUAUCUGUUGGUUUUUACGCUUGCCAACAUAACAUCCUGUAAAAAGGAAAACAGCAGCCAGUUGCUUACGUACAAAGUGGGAAGCACUGUUUAUGACAGUCUUCUGCUGGUUUUUGCUGGCUUUUAUUUGUGUUGCAUAGUAUCUUAACCUGUCCCAGGUAACAUCUUAAGUCUUAAUUGUUUUAAGAGUAAUGCACAGCUGGCACCUUUUAUUACGUUAAUGUCAGGCCAUUACAAAAAAGCAUAUCCCUUUUAGCUUUGUAAUGACAGCCACUCAUGCUAGGAUUGAACAAUUUACGCAUAUCAAAUGCCACAUAUCCGUUUUGGAUGUUAUGUCAGACCUUAUUUUGACUAUUGGGGAUUUCAAAAUGACAAUGCUUUUCUCAUUCUGGCUGUUUAAACAUGAGAGAUAACCUACCACAAUAUGGAUUCUGUUUUU